AUGGCCGAUGCGUCGAAAAGUACGUGUAGCAUGCAACUCACGCCAGCGGUCGAGUCCCUCUCUUCGCGAUUGGGUGGUAUUUUGAAAGACGCAUUCCAGGAAGAUGCGGACGAGGAUGAGCUCCCGGGAGGCAACCCGCCGCCCAAGGCCGAUCCGCAAGCCGAAGCGCCCGCGGAUUCCAAAGCACAAGACUCGCUCACAGAGCCAAGCUAUGACGUGCAAGUUACGCUCGCAGACCAGCAGGCAGAUCCCAACUCGCCGCUGUACUCUGUCAAGUCGUUUGACGAGCUUGGCCUACACGAAGAUCUGCUGAAAGGCAUCUACUCGAUGAAAUUCACCAAACCGUCCAAGAUCCAGGAGCGUGCGCUCCCCUUGCUUUUGCAAAAUCCGCCGCGCAAUAUGAUCGGCCAGUCACAGUCGGGUACGGGCAAGACUGCUGCGUUUGCGCUUACUAUGCUUUCGCGCAUCGAUUUCAGUGUAGACAAGCCGCAAGCGAUUGCACUUGCGCCUUCGCGCGAGCUUGCACGCCAGAUUAUGGACGUCGUGCAGACCAUGGGCAGGUUUACGCCUGUCAAAACUGCGUUUGCGAUUCCCGAUGCAAUCAAGCGCGGCGAGAAAGUGCAUGCACACCUGAUCGUCGGCACCCCCGGCAAGACGUUUGACCUGAUCAAGACCCGUGCGCUGGACCCGUCUGCGGUGAAAGUGUUUGUGCUGGACGAGGCAGAUAAUAUGCUAGACCAACAAGGUCUUGGAGAGCAGAGUAUUCGUGUAAAAAACACCAUGCCCAAGACAUGCCAGGUCGUGCUCUUCAGCGCAACGUUUCCCGAGCACGUACGCGCUUUUGCGAUGAAGUUUGCCCCUAGCGCAAACGAGAUCCGCUUGAAGCAGGAAGAGCUGAGUGUAGAGAGCAUCAAGCAGUUUUACAUGGACUGCAACACGGAAGAGCACAAGUAUGAUGUCUUGGUCGAGCUCUACAGCCUGCUCACGAUCGGGCAGAGCAUUAUUUUCUGUGCCAAGCGCGAAACGGCGGAUCGGAUAGCGCGGCGCAUGACGGACGAAGGCCACCGUGUCGACUCGCUCCACGGCAAGCUCGACAAUGCGGAGCGCGACAGGACCAUUGAUAGUUUCCGCUCGGGCCGCAGCAAGGUUUUGAUCGCCACCAACGUGAUUGCGCGUGGGAUUGACAUCCAGCAAGUAACGCUGGUCAUCAAUUACGACCUUCCACUUACCCAGGCGGGCGAGCCCGACUCGGAGACUUACUUGCACCGUAUUGGGCGUACUGGGCGCUUUGGCCGCCGCGGCGUCUCGAUCAACUUUGUCUACAACGCCGAGUCGAAGCGCCAGAUGGAGGCGAUCGAGCAAGCACUGCACUGUCCAAUUGUGCGUGUGCAAACCGAGGACGUGGAGGCUAUGGAGUCUACGAUCAAGGAGGCGCUCAAAGGCCACGCCUAG